AUGCAGGCCGGCAGGGCGAGGAUGGCUGGUGUGGCAGGUAGAACUGCUGUAUCAGCUAACUUAGCAUCUGGACUUCACCUUCACUUAACAUCAGGUAUGGAUACGCCAUACACGCUUCUGAUAUGGCAAUACGAAAGUCAGAUAGAGCCGGUUUCUUAUUACUACAAGGUCACAGAUUAUAUAAUCUGUCCAAAAAGAGAAUUAAUCCGAACAAUUCCAAUGCAAAUUUCAAUUCGGUCUAUGAAGAAUCGUCUUCGAGCAGUUAUUAGGGAUUUAAGAGAUGAUCCAAACGAUUUUCGUAAUUAUAUAUGGAUGGAUGAAAAUGCUUAUGCAAUUUUGACCUUGGUCACUAGACAAGAGCAUAGUCCCCCUCCACUCCGCUCCCACGCUAUGUGUCCCUACCCCCCGGUGAUACCAGUCAGUCGCUCGCAAACAUUAAAAGGAGGUGCGUGUGUUUAUUUAGCGACCACUCUGUCACGUGUUACCAUCAGAUAAAUUCAAAAAUGCCAUUAUCGGCGGCUGAAAGACAGCGACGGUGUCGUGAAAAAAGGAAACUUAACCCUGAAAUCGUUGCAGAAGUGAAACGUAAAGAUUAAGAAUGAUAUCAUGCUUGUAAAAAAUUAGUUAAAGAUAUGACACCAAAACAACACAAAAAAAUAAAGAGACAAUGGCAGAUUAGAAAUAGGAAGAGAAGAGAACGACAGAAAGCUUUGCAGAACGUUUUGAUGAACACUCCGGCUUCUACACCACCUCUUUCAAGUCCCAGACCAUUAAGUCCGAGAUCUCGUUCACUUACUCCAGCCUCGUCUACUGCCAGUGCAAGAGGAAGAAAACAAGUUAGACGGGAUAGAUCACAACUUUAUAGAAAAAAUAUUCAACUUCAAGACCAAAUACAAGGAUUACUAAGAAAAGUACAGAAAUACAAGAAAAGACUUCAGCGACAGAAAAAAAAUGAAGAUAAAGUAUACAAUACAACCCUACUAUGGGUUGAAAGGAAAAUGAACACGACGAAAAAGAAAACAGAAAAUAUACUAUUUAUUGUUUUCUAAAGUUUAAAACUGUUUUAAGGUUAACAUUGCUCGGCGGGUAAUGAUUAUUUACCACUCUGUCACAAUUUUGUCCCCCUUAUAAUUUAAGUUCAAAGUAGUGUAUGCUCCAGUUUAUUGGUAAUAUUUACAAAAAUAGCGUUUUCUAGUAUUACAUGCUAAACAAUGAAGUUGUUCACCAGAUUUUCAAGUUACUUUAUUGAAAGACUUUCAUAAUAUUAAAAAGUUUUUUGUCUUAAAAAGCAAAACUGUGACAGAGUGGUAUUGGAUAUCAUUUUUUUAAUGUUUUUAUUAAGAAUUCCGUCCCAUGGAGCUAGUUUAAAAGAAAUGUUUGUAUUCUUGAUAAGAAAGAAAUAAGAAACUAAAGAUCUGAUUUUGCAUGAAAAAUAAAAAAAAUAAACAUUUUCGUGACUGAGGUGUUGAUUUUUUGUUACCAUUCCUACAAAAUUAGAAGUUAAACAAAAAUUACAAGUAAUACUUCGAUGCAUUAUAUAUGUUUGAAAUCUACAACAACGAGGCAAUAAUUUAAAAUACAUUUUACUAAAGAAAUCACAUGUUUACUUUUUUAACAAAUAUAAAAAUUUGCCUGUCAGAUUGGCCAUAAAAAAGAAGAACGUCCCA